AUGAUUGAAGCCUUAGCGGCCUCAUCUUUGGCGGCUUCCGCCCAGGGCGAGCUGCUUGAUGUCCUGGUUAUUGGUGCUGGGCAAGCGGGGAUGUCGGCAGCCCACGAGCUGGCCAAAUCAGGACUUACCUUCCGCGUGCUGGAAGCCACGGAUCAUGUGGGCGGACGUACGCGCAAUGUGGACGUUCGCACUGGCCAGAUGGAUGUGGACACUGACGAUGUCAUCGAAAUUGGGGGUACCUGGCUGAGCCCGGACCACACUGCAGCGCUGCAACUGAGUCGCGAGCUUGGGGUGGAAGCCUUUAAUGCCAGCUUCGUGCCGGACUCUGCAGACUUCUCGGUGAAGGACGAGGAUGAUUGGCCCUGGUGGUUCUGGGGCUCUGACUACCCAAAAGAUCAGAGGCACCUUCUUCGGGAGUCGGUGUUUUUCUCUGGCGGCCAUCGUCGGCUCUUCCGCAGCCCGGCGCAGCUGCCGGACCUGGGGAUGCGCAAGGCUGAGGAGCUUCUGCGGCGGGCCAGCAGGGGACUUGGAGACAAGUGCUGGCGUUCCAACGGCACGUUUCCGCUCUGGCGCCUCUUGGACAAGGGCACCACCUGGUCCAACUUGGGCGCUGGCUUGCGAAGCCCUGAUGCGCAGCAGGCGCUGCGGAAUUGUAUCCAUGGCAAGAAUGCGCAGGAGCCUGAGGCAGUGUCCUUCCUUUACAACAUGCUGUCCUUCAGCGGCUGCAACAGCAAAGGCCCCGACUCCCAGUACCGCCUCCGCGGGGGCACGCAGGCGCUGCCGCUGCGCCUGGCCCGGCGCUUGAAGAGCCAAGUGCUGCUGGACCACCAGGUGAUCGGAAUCAAGUCCAGCGAGGACGAGGUUCUGGUGUCUCUUCAGAAUCGGGCACCAAUGCGAGCCCGCACUGCUAUUCUUACUGGCCCACCGCCAGCAAUCCUGUCUAUCGACUUCGACCCACCCUUGGACGGUGCAAACGCGCAGUGGUUGCAGCGCAUGCCGAUGGGCACCUCAUUGAAGCUCGCAGCAGUCUACAAGGAAGGCCCAUGGUGGAGAGAGAUUGGUCUGCAGGGAGACAUCCUGGCCACGCGUUUGCCCCAAAAUUUGUCGCUGCCGGAGCCGGACUCGGACCUUCCUUUGUUUGUCCAAUGCAUGGACCACUCGCCCUACUCGCAGGCUCUGGGUGUCAUUGUCUGCUUCAUGGAGGGUCGGCAGAACCUCUACUUUACUGGGCUGGCACCUGCUGAGCAGCGGCGGCUCUUCUUGAACUUCUUGUUCCAUAGCUUUGGGACCUCCAAGGCAAUUGACCUGAAUCCCGACAUCGUUGCGCACAACUGGGCUGAUCAGCCCUUCGCACGGGGAGCCUACACGGGCUUCUUCGCUCCAGGCGUCAUGUCAGUGCCUGCUUUUUGGUCAGCGUUUCAGAAGAUGGAGAAGCUGCCCAACGUCUUCCUGGCAGGAUUCUGCAUGUGCUUGCCCCCGCAGGGCGCUAUCCGGGACGGCCAGCGAGCAGCGCAGAUGGCGAUGCUGAGGCAGGAAUGUGCUGUGGAGCAGGAUGACGGCGGACUGGCCAAGUUCGCAAGCCGCGACCGACAGGCGAUGGCGCAGACCUUCGGGCCAAUGCCGCGCGGGUACCGUGAAAAGAUGCCGGCCUGCUUCCGCUCAUGCUGCGCAGACCCGUGCACCCGUCAUGGCCAAGCCAUUGCGGCGCUGGGUUUGUCUUUAGCAGUCAGCCUGCGGCCCCGACGGGCCCGCAGCGCGCUACGGUCGGUGGCGGAAUUGCAGGAGAUGCAGGAGACUCGCUUUGACACGCUGAAAGUCAGGCAGGGGGUGCUGAGCAACGGCAUGCGGUACCUGGUGCUGCGCCACACCGUGCCCAAGGGCCGCUUUGAGGCACAUUUAGAGUUCCACGUGGGCUCAGUGGACGAGCAGGAGGAUCAGCGGGGCAUGGCGCACAUGCUGGAACACAUCUGCUUCCUGGGCAGCUCGAAGCGCGUGCAGCUUCAAAGUAGCGGCCUUGGCAUGACCAGCAACGCUUGCACUGACUUCAACCAUACUGUUUACUACGUGAGCAUUGGCUCAGAACACCUCGGAGAAGGCUUGAAGGUCUUAGCUGACAUCGGAUUCGAGCCAGCUUUCGAACCUGAGCGGGUGGAAAAGGAGCGCGCAGCUGUGCUCUCUGAAGCGCAGAUGGUCAAUGACUGCCAGUACCGCAUGCAGACUCAGUUCUUGAGCUCCCUGCACGGUGAUAAUCAGAUCCAUGUGCGGUUCCCGAUUGGCCUGGAGCAGCAGAUCGCCAAUUGGACCAUUGAGGAGCUUCGGCGCUUUCAUUCAAGGUGGUACGUUCCAGAAAAUGCAACUCUCUUUAUCGUGGGCGACCUUGACGAGGAAGAAGCUGCCCGGGAGGCCGAGAGGGCCUUCUCCAGUUUCCCAAAUGCCGGCUUGUCAAGUGGCAGACCUUGGGAGUACGACGCUACGUCACUACUCAGGCCCGUGGUCCAGGGCCGGCCUACUAUUCUUCACAGCUAUGUUCAGCCCACCGGCAGCACAGGCGACGCUCCCGCGCUCAAGGAGUGGAGCUCAGAUUUGAAGGUCUCAGUGGCCACCAAUGACCUGAUGCAGGGCAUGCAGAUCACCUGGGCUGCCAAGAUGCCGCUUACGCCAGCAAGGAGUGCCGAGGACCUUUCAGAGUGGCUGAUCCAGCGCUUGGUAGUUGAGGCCGUCCGACUUCGCUUUUCCGCGCGCUGGCGUUCUGGCGUCAUCCCCUGCACUUUGCACUCCUACGACUCAGCGCGGGAAGCUGUGACCAUUACGACGCUGACCAUCAUGACUGAGCCCAAUCGAUGGAAGGACCGCUGCGAAGAGGUGCUGCAGGAGGUGUUAGUGGUACGGAGGGGCCUGGCGCAGGAGGAGAUCUUUGAGAAGUUCGACAAAUCUGGGGAUGGCGUCCUCAGCUCGGAUGAGAUGCAAGAGAUUUUUCAGAAGUUGGGCUUUAAGUCCUCCGAGUACCUCCUGAAAACAACCGAUACCAACAAGGAUGGAAUUCACAAAGGAGAUGAGAUCACCUUAGAAGUCACUUUCUUCAAUGACUUCAAGGUUACGAAGGGCAAAGAACCCUAUCGUUUUUCCUCCCGAGUUCGUUGGCGUUGCCAUGUAGAUGAGUCUGUGCAGCUGAGCUUCGCCGAUGCCGAGUUCCCUCCAGCAGACGACAGUGUCGAUCCUACAGGCGCUUGGAAAAUUGCCAAACCCGAGCUGUGGCUUCCAGCCAGGUGUGCUGGUAGUCCCAGCGAAGCAUGUUUGUUUGAUCAGAUCCUUCCACAGGAUGUGAAGCAAGGGAGGCUGGGAGAUUGCUGGCUAAUGGGUUCCAUCUCGGCUUUGGCUCAAUGCCCAGGCAGAAUCAAGAGCUUGUUUGAUGCCAAGCAACUGACUUCAGAUGGAAAGUAUGGCAUAUGGCUUUUUGAUGAGACUGACCAGUGGAUCAAAGUGGUGAUCGAUGAGCAAGUCCCGUGCCACAAGGACAAGGAUGGCUUUCCACUGGUGACCUUUGCCAGACCAAUGGCCAAUGAAAUAUGGGUGUCACUUUUGGAGAAGGCGGUGGCCAAGUAUUGUGGUGGAUAUCACAACCUCCAAGGUGGCCAGCCGGCGUGGGCCUUCCGGCUCUUCACGGGACAGGAGGGUGUGUCCUAUUUGUUGCUGGAGGAUGGCACCUAUCGGAAGCGCCGUAUGGUCAACAAGAAACCCCGUUGCCCCAGGUCCAAGUGGAAGUGGCAAAAGGGGAAGUCCUUGACGCAGGAGGAGUUCUGGGCUGCACUGGAAGAGCAUGCAGAGCACCAGCACUUGAUGGCUUGUUGUGGGAAUGUGAAGCCGUUCAUGAAGGGUCGUGACAAGUCGGAAUGGAAGGAAAAGGGUCUAGUGAGAACUCACAUCUACUCCAUCUUGCGGGUUGUGUCUGAGAAACUCGACGAUGGAGUUCCCAUCAAGCUGAUUGAGGUGCGCAACCCCUGGGCGUGGGGAGAAUGGAAUGGAGAUUGGUGCGACACUGGCAGCAAGAGUGGUGAAUCUGGCAAGUGGCUGGAGAAUCCGCAGUUGCGAGAGAGACUUCUGGGCACUUCAGGAGUAGAUGGAGCUUUUUUCAUGAGCUAUGAAGACUUCGUGAAGUUCUUCACUGCUGUCUCAGUAUGUCCUCUUGGUUCGCCCGAGGGACAUGAGCCCGAUGAGGAUGUGCAGGAGGGCUCUGGUGAUGAAGACGAGCUCGAGGAUUUGGAGGUGGACUGA